GAGCCAAAGAGGUGUCACUACUGCAUCAAAGACUCUUCUCUAUUCAAAAACCAAAACAUGACCAACUUAUUACACAUCCUCCCCCUCCUCCUCCUCCUCCUACUAUUCUCCUCACUCUCCACCCUCUCCACCCUCGCCAUGGCCACCACACCACCCCAUCAAAACCCCUACAACCCCUUCUCCUUGGAGACCCCCUCACAGUUGGUGGACUUGGCCUACCACAUGGGCCCGGUCGUCGCGGCGUCUCCGACCAACCUCUACCUCAUCUGGUACGGCCGCUGGGACGCCCCCUCCCAGUCCAUCAUCCGCGACUUCCUCCUCUCGCUCUCCGACGCCGACGGCAAGAAUUCGUCUUCUCCGCCUCCCGCCGUCGCCUCCCCCUCGGUCGCCGACUGGUGGCGCUCCACCGCCUGCCUCUACACCGACCAGACCAGCGCCAACAUCACGUCCGGCUUCACUCUCGCGCAGGAGUACCGCGACGCCGCCUACUCCCACGGCACGUCGCUCUCCCGCCUCUCCGUCCAGUCCGUCAUCCGCUCUGCCGUCACCGGAUAUCCGGAACGGCUGCCUCUCGAUCCCUACAAUGGUCUCUACCUAGUAUUGACGUCGCCGGACGUCCGCGUCGAGGACUUUUGCAGAGAAGUGUGUGGCUUCCACUACUUCACAUUCUCCGCCAUCGUCGGGGUCACCGUGCCAUUCGCGUGGGUCGGACACAGCGGAGUGCAGUGCCCGGGGAUGUGCGCGUUCCCGUUUGCGCUACCGGAGUACAUCGGCGGCGGGGAGAGGAACGGAACGGCGGCCAGUAAUAACUUACGCGCGCUGGGUGUGCCCAACGGAGACGUCGGAGUGGACGGCAUGAUCAGCGUGAUCGGGCACGAGCUGGCGGAGAUGGCGAGCAACCCGCUGAUCAACGCAUGGUACGUGGGCGACGACCCCGCGGCGCCGACGGAGAUCGCCGACUUGUGCGUGGGGGUGUAUGGGACCGGAGGGGGAGGGGGUUAUGUGGGGAGUGUGUACAAGGGAGAGCAAGGGGAGGGGUAUAAUUUGAAUGGGGUGAAUGGGAGGAGGUUUCUGGUGCAGUGGCUGUGGAAUCCUGUGAGGAAGAGUUGCUUUGGACCAAAUGCUCUCAACUGAGACUGGAGUUUUGAUACAUUGGUUCUCACUGGUUGAGAACAAAAGCAGUUGAUGGUCUCCUCUGGUUUUUUUUUUUCCCUUCUUUUUUUUUUUCUAUAUAUUUUUAUAUGGAUUGUCGCUACUGUGACAAAUUAGUCAAAA